CUAUGUUUUAUGGUUUAAUGACCAUUGAAAGAAUAAAAAAGGGAAAAAGAUUUUUCACUGUUCUAAGAUGGCAAAUCCAGCUGAAACAGGGUUGAAAUGCAGUGCAUAUCUCAGUUCUAUUUUAGACACAGACAUUACAUCAUCCGGCUUCAAAUCCCAUCACGUUCCCGAAGACCAUCAACUGAACUUUGAAUUCAAGUCCCAUGAUGCUUUUCUGUGAAUAUAAAUCUAUGCUGUACCAUAGCUUACAGUAUGCAUAAGGCAUAAUUUGUAUUCAGGUCAUACAAUUAUUGUGACAUAAAUUGGUUUUUAAUGGCUGUAAACCUUUCAUAUUCUACUUUCACAUUCAACCUUAAAAUUGCAAAAAUUGAUGUCCAUCCAAAAGCAAUAUAUCCUGUGUUCUUCUUUGGAACUCUGAUCUAUGUGUUCUCUGUGUUCUGUAAUGGAACCAUUCUUGGACUGAUAAUCACCCAAAGAAACCUUCACAAGCCGAUGUUCUACAUCCUGUUCAGCCUCCCUCUAACUGAUUUAAUUGGAAUCACUUCUGCUCUGCCCAGGGUGCUUGUGGACAUUAUAACAGAAACAAAUGAUGUGUAUUACCCUACAUGUGUUCUUCAGGCUUUUUUGAUACAUAUGUAUGGAGGUGCAAUACUUUUUCUACUGGCAGCCAUGUCGAUUGACCGGUACAUAGCAAUAUGCAACCCACUCAGAUACAAUUCCAUUAUGACUCCUGGCAGAAUAUGUGGACUCAUUGCGCUGGCAUGGAGCAUGGACCUUGUCUUAGUACUUGUUUUAUUUUCCCUUCAAUCUAGAAUGGAGAAAUGUAAGUCUUUCAUUGCUAAUGUGUACUGCGACAACCCAUCUUUGCUUUUGCUUUCAUGUGGAGGGGAUUUUACAGUGAACAACAUUUAUGGUUUAUCUAUAACAGCAUUUAUGCAGAUAAUCAGUGUCUCUGUCCAGCUGUACUCCUAUACGCAAAUUCUCAUCACGUGUAUAAAACAAACACAUUCUGAUUCAAAAAUAAAGGCUGUAAAUACAUGUAUGGCCCAGAUUGCUACAUUUAUUCUCUUUGAAAUAAUGUCAACCAUUAUUAUAUUAUCAUAUCGGAUCCCUUAUUUUUCUUCCAGUGCACAGAGGAGUUUUGGUUUGAUGAUUUACACAGUCCUUCCAGUUGUCAAUCCAAUCAUAUAUGGAAUGAAAACUAAAGAUAUCAGAAUAGCUUUCUUUUUGGUUUUGAAAAGGAACAAAAUUGGUCCAGGUAAAAAUGCAUCUGUUGUUCAAAACAGAAAAUAAUAAUUAUAAUUGAAUGUAAUGAUUUUAAAAAAGUUUCUUGAUGUGGUGUUCUGGAUGUUAAUGUACACAGGUUUAACUGUAUGGAUCAUUCUCGUUAAAAUGAAAUGUUUAACAAGGAUUGUCAGAUAAUUUAAUAUGAUAAUAAUAUGAUUUUAUUACAUCAUCUUUUAGUGUGAAUAAUUUCUUUGUAAUUGUUGUGAAGACAUUAAAAUUAUAUCCAAAUAACUAUUGUUAUGUGUGCAUACUUGUUAUACUAGGCUUUUUUUGUGUGUGAAUAUAAAUAAGUAAAAAAUAAAUAAAUAAU